AUAUCAGCUGAAAACAUACUCCAUGUUCUUCUUAACAGGACACACGACAGUUGGUACCUACAUUGUGAAGUAUGGACAGGAUCGACAUAUUCGGACAUUUCAAGCAAAGAAAUUUUACUAAAUGUGGCAUAUCCACCCGAUGGUCCUCCGAUUAUAAUUGGCUAUGAACAAGACAAGAUAUUUCAGAUUGUGGAGUCAGAAUCGGUAAAAUUGAAUUGCACUGUAACUGGAGGUAAACCAUUAGCCACCUUAAAAAUGGCUUGUUUCAACACUAAUACAACACAAAAUGCUUCAAUAACAGAAACAACGGUAACUACACAAAUUGCAAGUAUAGCGAAUCGCAAUUACAGUAAAUGUACAUGUGAGUCUGAUCAUCUCGUAGGUGGUACUCAGAAAACAUACGUCAGAUUUGAUGUUUUGUUUCCUCCAAGUGAUGUUCACUUCACAAUAUUAGUAAGGCAAUCAGAAUCAGGCAAAUUUGUCGUCAACAAAAAUGAAGAGUUGACUUUAAAGUGCAUUGCCGAGUCAAAUCCUCAUCCAGAAAUAAUGAUUAUAAAUCCAUCGAACGAAAAAAUUACUUGGAAGAUAAACAAUAUUUCUGUUCAACAUACUAUCCAUAACGUAUCUUGCACUGAUGCGGGAGAGUAUUCAUGUUCUGCAAGAAACUUAUUAACUUUUGGAGAAGGAGUUAUAUCAAGACUUAUUCUCAUUGUCAAAUGUCCACCUAAGCCGUUCACUGGCAAUUUAAAAGAAAUGAAGUUAACAGCUGUUCUUCAUUCUGAUGUCACGCUGCAAUUCUUAGCUCAAGAAUAUUUUGACGAGGAAAAUAACACUAUAUUCACAUGGUAUAAUCAGAACUCGUCGUUACAUAAUGGCGGUAGGAAAUACAUUUUAUCAUCAUUUGGAUUACAAUCCACCUUAAUAAUAAGAAACAUGACACAAUCAGACUAUGGACAAUACCGUGUUGAGGUCAAGAAUUCCAUCGGUCAUUACAUUCACUACUAUAAAUUGCAAGAAAAAGAAGCUACGCAACCGAAGAAAGAUUCUACACUGAUUUGGACAUUGAUUGGUGUCUCAGCUGGUGUCUCAGCUGUUUUGACAAUUGUUGCAGGUGUUGUGGCAUUUUUGUGUUGCAAAUUUAUCAGAAAGAAACAAAGUCAAAAACAAUCCCCAAAACAAACGGCUGAAGAUAUCCAUGAAAACCAGUCAACCUUUAAUUCUAAUGAAAUUGAAGCGAUACACGAGUACGAAGAUCUUGAUGAUGAUUAUCGUAUUGAUGAUGGACCAUACGUGGAAAUGCAAACAAUGACAGAGGGUGAUAAUACACACCGAGACUAUAUUACUCCGACUCUUUAGAGUACUACAGUAGAAAAGAGAAUUACUGUAAACAAAACCCUGUGAUAUGUCACUGGAUACAUAUAAUGGCAGGACACUUUCACCAAAUUGUGUGCAUUAUAAUGAUAUUAGAACAGUAACCGGUCCAUUUUAACUUGUGAUUUCACUGCAAUAUAUAUCAUUUUUCGUCUUCUUUAGUGACUAGAAUGAUUACA